AACUGUGACAAAUUAGUCGAUGCUAUCUAUACAUCGGAACUAUGGCUAGAAUCUUGCUAUGAUGUCCUUAUGGCUUGUUUCUCUGCCUUGUCCCUUAUUUACAUACUUCAGCGAAGAUAUUAUGGAGCUAUAAACUCAAAUCUUGACAAGAUUGGACGCCUAUUCAUCAAUAUUACAUUUUCCGUGGUUUGGAUCAAAGUGGUUGUCUACAAAGGGUACCUUAGUCAUCAGGAAUUGUGCCAGAGAAAGGAGCUGGAGGGCUACUGGUGUCCGGUUAUGAGAAGAAACUAUGAAUGUUCGCCUAGUGAUGAUUUGCAUGGAACUCAAAAAAUGUGGUGGGGUUAUGUAGAAAGCGAUGAAGAAUUGUGCCAAAGAAAGGAGUUGGAGGGCUACUGGUGUCCGGUUAUGAGAAGAAACUAUGAAUGUUCGCCUAGUGAUGAUUUGCAUGGAACUCAAAAAAUGUGGUGGGGUUAUGUAGAAAGCGAUGAAGUACAUACUCACUGUAGAAUACUUUCGAGCUCUAUCAUUUCUUGUGCUUCUGAGUUCUUCCCUGUGCUGUUAGUGGCACACUGGUUGGCUUGUGGAGGUGCGGAGGAGAAGGCUGAGGACAUCGAACGUAGACGACAGAAAAAACCUGCACGACCUAAUUACGUUGCAGUUUAUUUUGUUCAUAAAAGAACAAGCUGUAAGCAAAGUAUAAGAGCAAAAAUAUGGUUUCAGAAAUCAUAUACAAAAUCAUAAGU